GCCGAGCCCUCUGGAAGGCUAGUCGUCGACCAAAAGCCUCAAUUCGCGGGACUCCGGGAGCCUAAUUACUCUUCUCCCGCCUGUACCUCGGCCGGAACUCUAGUGCCGUAAGGCCUGGUUGGGCGCCGGACCGGAAAAGCGGAUGGACCCACACGAGGAAAGCGGAGUAUCCGGUCAGGAAAAGCGGGGACCCGAGUGGAAGCCGCUCUCGGGCGCCGGCGGGCAGUGGGGGCGACGCGGCCCUAGCAGGUGGAAUUGGGCUAUUUGCUGAAGCUUCUUUCCCUCAUAGACCAGGGAGAAAUUUACAUUUGGACUUUAUCUUACCAUGGCUUUGGUUCACAGAUUACUGAAUGGCGCUUACAUUUUCAGACAUUGCCCCAAGCCAAGUGCCUCAUGUCCAUUUUUGGGUACUCGCUUUGCAUAUUAUUGUUCUAGUAGUCUUCAGAAACCCGAGGCUGCUCCUGGCAAAACCUCCUGUCAGAGGAAUUCUGAAGGGGAUUUGCAAGGACAUCACCAGAGAGAAGUUGCUUUGGAUAUAACCUCUCCUGAGGAGAAGCCUGAAGUUAGUUUUGAUAAAGCAAUUAAAGAUGAAAUAAAGGACCAUUUUAGGCGUUUGAAGGAUGAUAUUGUGAAUCAUUGGAUAGGCCCUGAAGGCCGCCCUCUGCAUGAGGUCUUGUUGGAACAGGCCAAGGUUGUCUGGCAGUUCCGUGGAAAAGAAGAUUUGGAUAAGUGGGUAGUGACUUCUGAUAAGACUAUUGGCGGCAGAAGUGAAGUGUUCCUGAAAAUGGGUAAGAAUAAUCAGAGUGCACUGCUGUAUGGAACUCUGAGUUCUGAGGCGCCUAAGGAUGGGGAAAGUGGCUGCAGUGGGUACUGUGCAAUGAUAUCCAGGAUCCCAAGGGGCCCUUUUGAAAGAAAGAGGGCUUAUGAUUGGUCCCAGUUCAACACUCUGUAUCUCCGUGUGCGUGGUGAUGGUCGGCCUUGGAUGGUGAAUAUCCGAGAGGACACAGAUAUAAUCCAGAGGAAGAAUCAGAUGUACAGUUACUUCAUGUUCACCCGUGGGGGGCCCUAUUGGCAGGAGGUCAAGAUUCCUUUCUCCAAAUUUUUCUUCUCUAAUCAAGGAAGAAUCCGGGAUGCCCAGUACCAGCUUUUGCUUGACAAGAUCUCUUCUAUUGGAUUCACCCUGGCUGAUAAAGUAGAUGGUCCGUUCUUCCUGGAAAUAGAUUUUAUUGGAGUGUUUACUGAUCCAGCCCACACAGAAGAAUUCGCCUAUGAAAAUUCUCCAGAGCUUAACCCAAGACUUUUUAAAUAGAGAUGGUAAUUUUGUACUACCAAACUAAGAGUAGUAUUAUCCAUGAUGACAGAGACAAAAUAAAGUAUUUCUUUAAUGGCUUCCAACCAAUGGCUGGUACGUAUUCCGAGACAAACCUAAAUGCUGUUGCCAAGAGGGGCCACUCAGAGGGAGACACAGCAUGAAACUAGGUUCUAAGCUGUAACUUUAUACAAGUCCUGAUGCGGAGGUAUUAUGUAAAGAACUUAACUGUUUUGGGUUAAAAUGAUUGCUAUUAGGAACAAUUCCUACACGCGUAGGCGUUGCCAAAGCAGGAAGUCCUCAAGGUGACUGUUGAUGUCUUUCUCCUACUCUAUUCCUUGUAGGUUUCUUGUGUUCUCUAAUCCAUCAUUUGAGGAAAGGAGAUUGCUAUAUAGUUCGGGGAUUUUUAGUAUAUUCAAACUUGUCAAUAUUUACCACAAGCUAACUUUAGAAAAUUUCUUUCUGCCUUAGAAGUAACCUUGAUGCCCCUUUGCAGGCACUUUUUAAAAUUAUGUUCAGUUAGCC